CGACGGAACGGAGCAAUUGUUUACGUUUCAGAAACUCCCCAGACGACAAAUCAUGUCUCAGGCGAGACGGUCAGUUCAAAAAGAUAACAUGACUUGUUGUCAUUGAUUUUAACUUCGAGAUAGUUAACGACGGAGCCAAGAUGUCCGUGGUAGUGGAAACAACUAUUGGGGAUCUUACGAUAGAUCUCUUUACGGAGGAGAGGCCAAAGACUUGUAUGAACUUCUUGAAGCUCUGCAAGAUGAAGUAUUACAACUUGAAUCUCUUGUUCAGUGUAGAACGGAACUUCAUUGCCCAGACAGGAGAUCCAACCGCCAAUGGACGAGGAGGUGGCUCUGUAUUCCAAAACAUGUAUGGUGAACAAGCAAGAUUCUAUGAGGGAGAGAAGUUGCCAAUUAUGAAGCACUCUAAACUUGGAACUGUAUCCAUGGUCUCCUGUGGAAGCCAUUUGUUUGGUUCCCAGUUUUUCAUCACGUUGGGAGAGAAUUUGGAUUCCCUCGAUGGGGAGCACCUGGUGUUUGGUCAAGUUGUCGAAGGAUUGGAGGUUAUUAGCAAGUUGAAUCAAACUCUCACGGACAAUAACAAUCGGCCCUACCAGGAUAUCCGCAUAUCUCACACAGUCGUUUUGAAUGAUCCUUAUCCUGAUCCUGAUAGUUUGGAGUAUCCAGAUGAGUCUCCAAAACCCACAAGGGAUAUGUUAGAAUCUGAUUACAUCGCUGCAGAUGAGAACAUUGAUGACACAGAGGGGAAGACCAUGGAUGAAAUACAAGAGGAGAUUGCAGAAAGGGAAGCAAAAGCCAGGGCGACCAUCUUGGAAAUGGUCGGUGACUUGCCCGAUUCUGAUAUGGCUCCCCCAGAAAAUGUUCUGUUUGUAUGUAAGCUGAAUCCUGUUACGACAUCUGACGAUCUUGAAAUUAUCUUCAGUCGAUUUGGCAAAAUAAACUCGUGUGAGGUGAUUCGAGACCGAAUAACUGAUAAUUCACUCCAGUAUGCCUUCAUUGAGUUUGCUGAGACAAAGUCAUGUGAAGAUGCUUACUUCAAGAUGGACAAUGUCCUAAUUGAUGAUCGUAGGAUACACGUUGACUUUAGUCAGUCUGUGUCAAAGAUCAAAUGGCGAGGGAAAGGUAAAGGAGUAGAAUACUUUGAUGAAAGUGGUAGGAAAGUUGAUAAUAGAAGAGGACAAAUGUAUGACCCAAGCAAAGAGUAUGACAGGCAGAAUGAUAGAAAUCGAAAUUCUUAUCAAGGAAGAGGUGGGAGAGGCAAAGAUUUUCGGUCAUCAAAUGGAGGACCCAGGCAGUAUCAUAGGGAUUUUAAUAAACCUUGGGACAGAGAUAGAAGAUAUCAACAGUGGGGUAGAAAUGGUGGUCUGAACAGAAAUUAUCGAGAAAAUAGAGACAGGGAGAGAUAUGAAGGAGGGAGACCCUUUGGGCAGGAUGACAGAGAUGAGAGGAAUGACAGAUUUGGCAGGAGACAUGAUGGGAGGAGGAAUGACAGAGAUGAAGACAGGAAUAAUAAGAAUAAGGGGAAGCAUGAAUCAAGGAGGGAUGGAAGACAUGAAGAGAAUAGAACUGAGAGAAGCACAGAAAGACACGAAGGGAGGAAAAAUGAUAGUGAUGAGAAAGCUGAUAGAUAUACAGAUAAGCGUGGCGAGAAGGAAUUGAGGAAUGAUGAACAGGGUGAAAAAAGUGUUGAGAAACCAGAGAAUAGAAGACUUGACAAAGAUGACAGGUCUGAGGGUGAGAGUAACUUCAUGUUAGGAUCCAGACUGACUGGAGAUAGAAGUAGUAAAAGUAGUACAGAGCUGCUGGAGGGAGCUUCAGCAAAAGAGGAUGCCCACAAGAGGAGGCAUUCUCAAAGUGAUAACAGUGAUCUCCCAAGUGACAGUGAGGCACGGGAGAAGCUCCUCAAACAUUUAAAGAAAUCUCUUAAAAAGAAAAAGAAGAAACAAAAGAAAUUGGAUAGUGAGAGUGACAGUGAUGGCGAAGAAGAUGAAAAAGAGAAACGAAAGAGGAGGAAGAAGAAGAAGAAGAAGAAAGCCAGUUCAGAUUCAGACAAUUCUGGUUCUGAUGUAGAAGUUAAGAAGAAGAACAAGAAGAGUAAAAAGAAGAAGAAGAAGUUAAGCACAGACUCAGAUGAUUCAGAUUCUCAGUCUGAUUCAAAGAAGAAAAAGAAGAGUAAGAAGAAGAAGAAAAAGAAGAAAAAGGAAGCUGGGACAUCUGAAAGUUCAGAAUAGCUUCCAUAAAGGAAACCUGUUGGGAACAGUGAAGUCUGCUUGCUCAUGGAGCAUGGCUGUAGUCUGUUCUGUUCCAAACAAGGAUCAAUUUCAUUUAUAUAAUGAAUAUUCAAAGCCAAGGGACUUGUUAGAAAAUCUUGUUAUUUGUUGAAACAAAUUUCAGUGUUCCCAUGGAGUACCUUACCUCAGAUUUUAUUUAUGAUUUGUGGUUUCUUUGAAGGUCCUUGUAGAGUAAGAGAUGCUGUGCCGUACUCGAUAUCUUGUACGUAUUGUACUAGAAGUGAUUUUUAUGCUCUUUAAAGUGUCUCCAGAAAAGAAUGUGUUUUGGAUGCUUAUAAUUUCAGCUUUUGUUUGGUUCAUCUGAGUUGUAUUAUUUAUAACUAGUGUCCAAAAGGCUGGUCAGAGUGAGUACAUAUUAUGAUGAAUUUUUCCAUUUGUACUGCAUUUUUGUAUCGGCAAUGUUAAGUCAUUGCUUUUAUGAGUGAAUGUUGGCUUUUUAUGCCUUUGCCAGGCUGGAAACACGGUGUACAUAUGUGCAAUUAUGUUCUCUUCAGAAAGAAAUCAAAUUGUUCAUAAUAAUUUACUCUGCUUGUAAGUACUGCAUUUCUGUUUUCCCUUGACUGCACCUUAGAAACAUCCUUAGAUAAAGGUUGAUGUAUAAUAUUUCGUUAUUGUGAUGAGCUUGUUGCCAUAAGGUACCUUAAACUAACAUAGACAUAAGCGUAUUUUUGGUAAACUCUUGUCAAGAGAUGCAAGAAUAAGGGAUUUUGGUUUUAGAAUUUUGUAGAUCACUUCACCCAAACUGAAGACUUAUUAACUAAUGCCAUAGAAUUUUAUUCUAUACAUACUUUGAUUAAUUACAGUAAAAUACUGAAUUAAGAUACUUUUCUUUUAAGAAAUCAACAUUUGUUCCUAUGGAAAUACAAAUCAUUGCCUUCUAUGGUGGAAUAUUCCUCAACACAAGCUGGAAACAGUCAGUUGAACUUGGUAAGAAGGCAUUUAAUUAAUGUUUGGUGGGUAAGUUAUAUUAUUUUGCUUGCAUUUGCGAUUAAAUGAAAUGAAGAGUGUAAAUAAUAAGUGUGAAGGAUGUGAACAGGUAUGUGUCUGUUUUAUAUCCUUGGUGUGUGUAUGACCAGUUUUGAUGUUCUGCAGAAGGUUCUGUGAGAAAUGUGCUGGCUGGUCUUCAUCACAGUGGGAAGGUUCAGCAUCAGAGCAGAAGGCUAAAAGAUUAUAUUGGUGCCUCUUUCAGCUCCUUCCUCGUGGACUAAUUUGCCUCUUCUCCUCUGGCUUGCCAAGGGAGAUACUUGUGAGAAGUUAGGCGACCAGCAGAUGUUCUCUGACAGUGCGGACGUGCUUGCAUGUGCUGAUCAUCUGGUCCUGCUUCAUUAGCGUCAAAGUGUAAAACAACCAAGCCUUUGGGAGUGGCCACGCCUUGUGUGUGUGGUAUCAGGAAGGCUCAAACCUAUUCAAAACCAUUACAAUUAGCUAAGGUUUCUUCUUCACCCAGGGGCCAUAACUCUUCCCAGCUCCCCCUUCUGAACAGAUUCAGCUAGAAGGGGGGUUGGAGGAACAAAGAGACACUCAGAUAGACUGUUUCCCAUUUCAAGCUGCCACAAGUAAGGGUGGCCUGUGUCCUCUGGGAUGGUCACAAACCACUUUUCUUGGAUUGCAAGCUCCUCUGAGACACUAACCCUGUGGCUGGCUUAUCCACUAGGACCUGCCAAAGCUGUGGCUCUGUUGGCAGAGGUGAGGGUGAUGCUGGAAAAGAAUGCACUAGAAGUUGUAGAUGACCCUUUUACAGUUGGCUUUGUGGAUGAGAAAUCAAAUGGGAGUUGAAGACUGGUAGUUGACCUCUCUCUGCAAAUUAAGUUCAGGAUGCUUGCAACUUUUUCCAUGUCAGGUUCCGUCAGGGAAGGGGACUAUGUUAUUCUGGUGGAUAUGAAGGAUACGUAUUUUCAGAUGUCCGUCCGUCCGUCAGUCCUCCAAGGAGUACUGUAAAGGACUAUAUACCAGUUUAAAUCUUUUUUUGUUCAUACUGGCAGCAGUGUUAUGCUUUAUCUCAGUAACUGGCUGGUUCUGGCAUCCUUAGAGAUGCAGUUGCCACAGACUACCUCCUUUCCUUUUGUCACACCAUCGGAUUAUAAUAAACUGGGGAGAAGUUGGUGCUUGUGUCUAGGUAGCAGGUAAAUGUGGGACAUGCUGAUAGACACUGUAGGAGUGAUUUUGGUAUGGAAUCUCUCUUUAGCAAACUGAGGAAGGUAAUAGCACAGUUUUUGUUGUGACAAGUCAUCCUUGGUCAUCUGUCAUCCUUGGAGAAGCUUGUGCAUCUUGGGUAUUUCCACCAGUGCUUAUGUCAGUGGCAAUUGAAGUAGCAUUGGUUAGCUGAAACAACCCUUCCUCUCACUUAGCGCCAUUGAGUCAAGAGUAAGGGAGUACUUUUCUUGAUUGCUGGAUGACAGGACUCCUAGUUUUUUGCACACCCGGUGGAUCCGUUGGCUUCUGAUGUAUGGACAAACAAUGACCUUCAUCUGCACAUCAACAUCUUGGGAAUGUGUUUGGUAUAAAUAGUUGCAACUUUGUGAUAUCAUGCAAUGGUCACUACAUUGUACUGAAGAGUGACAACAUUGGUAUAGAACUGUACAGUAUGUCAGCAAUAGAAGAAAUAUGGUCUUCCUAACUUUGCCUGGUGUUGCAGAGGCAAAAGUGUUUGCCACAUUUUGAGCUGUCAGGCAGGGACAUCCCAGCCAGUAGGGAUAUUUUGGUAGCCAAGCUAAACUGCCAGGGGCCAGUUAGAGGGGACAGAUUGGUCCCUAUUUUCUCAUUUGGGAAAGGCUUUUUGAGCUAUGAGAAACUUCUGUGAUCGACCUGUUCGCCGCAGGAUUAAACCAGAAGCUCCUAGUGUUCUUCUAUCUCACUUUAGACCCUAGGGCUGCCUUGAAGGAUGUCUUCCAGCAGCCCCAGGCAUAAUCUCAGCUUUGCUUAUUCCUCCUGCCAAGAUGUCAGGUGAUCAACCAAGUAUCUGUCACUCUGAAUCUCAGAUAAGCCUGGCAGGCCCUGGUUAGCCCCACGGCAAGAGGUAUCCUUAAUUACCAACAAGCUAACUCGUGUGAUUGAGGUCUCCUGAAAUUCCCUUGAUCCACUCUUCCUUGUUAGACUCAUUUUGAAGUAGCCUUAAUUAACAUGGCACUCACAUGGCUGGGAACCCUGUAGUUCUUGUUCAUGAGUUGGUUCAAAAGCUCAGAACUCACCAGUUUCAGGAAAAGAUACACAAGAAUUUUUCACAUCUCUCUAGUUGUGACUUUAUUAUUGGCGAGCCUGAUGAAGUUCUUUUGUGCUUAAUACUAGCCUUGCAGUACUAUCUAAGACUUAACCUCAUAAGUCGGAGUCAGGGUCUCAUUUGUAGUGCCAACAGGCACAAAAGGAAGGUGUUAAAGAACAACCUUCUAUUUCUGGCUUUAUGAUGGGAUCAAGUUUUUCUCACGAUAUGGACUAUCAUCCAAGCAGGAUGAGAGCUCAUGAAUCAGGGGCAUUUGCCUGUCCCUAGCUUUCUGGAGAAACAUAAGUUUUACAGGUAUUGAAGGCUGGUGCCUAGCAAUGCCAGGCUACUUUCACCUCAUUUUACUACAAGGACAUCUUGCACAAGUCCAUGGAACCUUACCUUAGGACCUGUGGUAGCAGCUCAAUAGGUUGUGUAGACUCCAAGCCCCUUUGACAAAAAGCAUCUACCCAGCCUUAGGUAUACUUGGAUGGCAUAAGGCUGGAGUUUCAGUUGGUCAGCAACUUGCUGUCUCUCUUUACCUAAUUCUUCCUUCCUUUGCAAGGAAGCAGUCUGACUGAGUACUGCAUGUGCUCGACAGGAUAUGAUUUUACUUCACAGUUGUGUAUCCUGUCCUAGAGCUUCAGCUUAUAAGAUACAACUUUCUUUGCUUAAUUCAUCAAAAUAUGAUUGACCCAGAUAUUGGCUACCUUUUGAAUUGUGCUACCCUAUCUUUCAGGCAGCUUGUAGUUUUGCAAAGUUUUCUUGGAGUGAAAGAAUAGAUAUGUCACCCUUGGCUCAGGGCCCUAUCAAUCUCUCAUCCCUUGCAAGAGUAUGUGGGAAGUUAUAGAAGUCAUUGGUCCCAUGCUCAUAUUUAUGACUAGGAUCGUUGGCAUUUCCAGUAGGAGUGUUAGCUUGCUCCUGAGUCGUGACAAUAUUCUUCCACUGUCAAAAUGAAUCUCAUAAAAGGCAAUAGUUUGUAUUUUCAGAGGAGUAUAUACCAAAUUUUCAGAGUAUUUCUGGAUUUCACACUUAUCUGCAUAUCAGUUAACCACCUUAUUUAUUACCUAGCUUCUUUGGCAGUUUCCAGCUCACGCUGAGGAAUACUCCUGCAUAAAAGGUUUUGUUUUGUAUAUAUACAGGAGAAAUAUAAAAUUACAGUACAGUACAUAUAAAGUUUGGGAUUUUUAAAAACCUGAAAAAUAUAUUUCAGAUAUAUUAAUGAUAAAUCAAUGGAUACCUCAUGUACAGUUCAUGAAAAGGAAAAGCAUUGGGAAUCCUUGGCAGUUAAGGGCUGCCCAGCAAAGGGAAAUUAACCCUAACUUUUCUCAUUUACUCUGUCACCUUUCUUAUAUUUUAGCAUCUUACCAUCAAAUGUUACCUCAAAGUAGGCAGUAGUGAUGUCAAAAUUGCAGUUGCAUAUUUUUUAAGGUGUAUUAUAUUAACACAAAUGUUGGACUUCAUUUUGACUACCAAUAUUGUUACUUGGCAUAUCACAAAGGCGGCAGGCAUUAGUGAAAGUAGAGGGGACUUCAAUGAGAAAUUUGUUUGUAUCUACAAGAAAAAAUGUAUUUUUAAAGAAUGUGGUUAUAAUGAAUCCAAACCAUUUGUUUUAACAGGAAUUGAAUUUCUUUGUAGGUGGUAGGUGAGAGAAGAAGAUAGGUUACAUCAAAAUGGGGACAGAAUUGUUUUGAUUAAUUGAUUAUUCCUCCAACUGCCAGUCAUGGUGAAGUUAGUCAACCUUUAAAUGUCAUUAAGGAUUACCAUGUAUCCUUGAGAAGGCAAACUCAGAGGCAGUUCAGCUCUGCAAAGUCAAGUUUUAUCCUCUCAGAAUUGGCAGUAAAACUGCAGUAAAAAGUAAAAUACUGAACCAACAUGUAAGAGCAAAAGAUGAAAUGAUCCUUAAGGAAGGAAAAAAGUUAGAAGAGAUGGCAGUGAAUCGGCAUCAUUUAGGGAGGAGCCAGCUCACAGGAUAUAUAAAAAUUGUAUUAAGAAAUCAAAGCAUUACAUCCAUAGAGGUAAGCCACAAAACACGUAAUUUGUUUUUGAACUAUCAAAAAUCUCUAUUUCACUUCUUUUUUAGUGUUUUAUGGAAGGCUUUUCCAAAUUUCCAUAGAGACAAGUGUUUCACCAUCUCAUACUCAGCCUACAAUUGCCUUAACCUGUACCUCAGACCAAUUAGCAAAAACCUGUGUGUGAUGGAUAUAUAUGUGAAUUUUGUGUGCGACUAUUACCUUCAUGGUAGCUGUCAUUAGGACUCGGAUCGUAAGAAGACAGUCUUUAUGUUUAAUUUUCUUCACCUUAUGUUUCUUAUUUCAAGAUAUUACUUGAAAUGCAGUGAAAGGCUAUCCAUCAAGUUUAACUACCGUAUAUUUCGGCGUAUAAGUCGACCGGAAGAUAAGUCGACCCCCCAAUUCUGAGUAAAUUUUUAUGAUUUUAACUAAUAUCGGGUACAUUAGUCGACCUAUAAAAUGUGAGGCCAACCGUACGCUCCAAAUAAGUAGCAGGGUAAAACGUAUCAUAUAAAAUAACCUGAAUGUUAUUACGGUACAUAUAUUGCUCUACUUACCAUAAGGAAUACAGGUGAUAUACUCGGUAUAUUAACAAAUCUGUGUAAUAUAUAAAAGAUGAAUACCGGCAAAUAUGAUUAGAAAUGACGAGACGAAAGAUACGUUACUCGAAUGUAAUGUAAACAAACAAAGCGCUAACUAACGCUGCAUAACAGCCUACGUAUAUAUGUAUGUACAAACUGCCACUCAAGUUAAUGUUUUGAUUGGGUUGUUAAAACGACGUGCCAGUAUUUUAUUAUUAUGUUGGAAUAUUCCUUGACCAUUGGUUCUUCUAUGGCAUAAACAGGCUCAUUUGAGGGAAAACGAACCUGCAGUUGAUUCACCAGAUUCAAACUGGGAUCCUUAUGAUGAAACCGUGAAUGAUAAUUUGUUUGAUGAAUUAUUUAAUUCAAGUGACGAUGACUCAAAUAAUUUUGAAGGAUUUUAAAUACAUAUUUACUAUUAAAUGCAUUUUAUUUUAUUUUAUUUAAAGUGAUAAAUAAGGAUUUCAUACCAUAAAUGUUUUUGAACAAUACCCCGGUAAAUAAAAACUGUCAAGAGUGAACGCAUCCUUCUCAAUUACUUUACUACAAAUGGCUACGCAAUGUUUACACUUGCUGCGCGAUUGGGUUUUUUCAAGUUACUUUGAUUUUUUUCAUUUUAUUUAAGGAAAUGGAUGUUCUAAUGUAUUAUUAUUGUCGUAUUACAUUGUGAAAUGUUUUUAAUACUGGUAUUUACAUACAUAGUUACCUCAACAAGGCUGACAUUGUUAUUAGCCAUCUGUAAAGCCUGGAUUCCCGUACCAAUAUGCCAAAAUAAUAAAGAUUCACUUUUUGUUACCGUUAGAUAAGUCGACCCCCUAAUUUUGGCAUGAUUUUUUGGGGCUAAAGGGUCGACUUAUACGCCGAAAUAUACGGUAAUAAUAAUUCAGAAAUAUUUAGUGGCAUUUCCUCAUACUGGAUUUUACAGAACUCUGACCACCUGAUGAGAGGCAAAAUGCAAUAAGUAAGAAAGAUCAUAUAGUAUAGCCUACAUUUGAACAUGCAGAGUAUCUAACAGUCAACAGACAUAGCCUGUAUAUUUUAAUUCCAUGUAAUGUCUAGCCAAAUAUAACAUGUACAACUACAUAAUUUCAAGGAUUCAUCUGCAGAAUGCACCACCUAUAAAAAAGGUGAACUAGGAAAAGCCACUGAUAAAUGCUAUACGUACUAUACAUUUGUAUGUGGUUUUUUUCAUAGCAAAUAGUACACAAAUUUCAACAUUUUAACGAAUCUUGAAAGUGAAGACAUAGCAUAUAAGAACAUAGUAGACUGCUACUAAUGCACAUUCAGAGGUUGUACUAUAUAAAGGUAUACGGCACCCUAUUGAUUUAUAUUGAAUACGUCAGUAGCAUGCUUUGUGUUGUACAGAACAUGAUGGGUCAAUUACUUUGGCAACAAAGGAAUCCGUGCUAUGCAAGCUAGCUCGAUUUUUUGUUUUCUUUUGAAUCCAAAUUUUUUGUACCAGAUAUCCCAGUAUGCAACAAGCAAUGGAAUCUGAUAACUUUAAGUUUUAAUAUGCAAUUUAAAAAACAAAAUUGGUGCUUGUGGGAUAAGUGUUGUAUGAAGAAAGAGUUACAUAACAUUUAAAAAGUAAUCAUAUGUGUAGAAAUGUUGCUCUUUGGUCAUGUUAAACUACUUUGUAAUAUAAUAAUAUAAUAAUAAUAAUACUUUAAUAAAGAUGCAAAAAAAAAAAUUUUUUUUCAGAAGUACCAUUUCUACUUUGUUUUUGGUAUAAAGCAUAUCAAGAGCCCUAACUGAUUUCAAACUUGUAGUUAAAGUUAAAGGAGGAUGUCUGGUUUUGAAGCUCAAUUGUAUGUAUGGCCAAACUUUUACCAAAGAGCUUUGUAUUCUUAUAGUACUAUGAAAAAAUUUAAUUAUUGUAGGUGAUAAAUGAUAGACUGACAAAAUGAAGUUGAUAGCCUUUGAGAUUAUGUUACAGCAUAUAUUUUUGUACUUAUGUUUUGAUGCUCAGUUCUUCAUCACAUGGAAUUUGGUUGUAUUUUACAAAGACUGCUUAUUUGUGGAAUAUUGUAUGCUUUUGCUCUGAUUUAAUGACUUGUGUGAAGGGAAAAGUUAAAAGAAAAUAUGCAAAUAAUUAAAGUCAAUGCAGACACUUGGAUCUUAACUUUUUACAAGAAUGAUAGGCCAUAAGAUUUUCACAUUAUUAUUAUUAAGGGCAUAUUAUUAUACAUUUAAUUUGACCACUCAAAUCAUAUUUCAAGACUUAUAACUGGUUCAAAGGCUUUAUCCUUAAAAUAAUGAGCAAUGAAAAUAGGUGUAGGAGAGUUGAAUAAAGGUAGGCAGCUGGGUGGAAGUAGUCUAGAGGGAAUAGACAAAAAAAGAGAGAACUUUUAAUGUACUGUUCUAUCUCAGGUUUGAUAAAAAUAUGUAUUAUCAUUAUUGACAAAUAACUGUGCUUGAAGCUUACGUUAUUUACCAAUAUGAUUCCUGGUGCUGCAUACCACUCAAAAUUUUGUUACAGUAAUUGUAUCAUCAUAUUUAGGUACAUUAGUGAUUAGCAUGGAGAAAUACCUGUGAACUAUUGGAAGCUUUGUCUCUUCAAAGUGUGGCAAUUGAUAAGGGUAAGGGAGCUGAUCGCCAGUUCCUUCAACAUAUUUUUACUGUUAAUAACUAUAAGAAGAUGGUAACUUCAGCUCUGUGUCAAAAGGAAAACUUAAUUGUUUUUGUUGAGUUUAGAAUAUGUGUUUAUUUCUAGGUAUGUAUUCAUCUGUUGAGGGAUUGCCAAAGUUUCUUUUCCAGUUUCAGGUCCUUUCUUUCAGCCUCUACAGCAUUUCAGUAUUCACCAGAGUUAAGUUUUAACCCUUAUGGUAGUUAAGUUAUUGUUUUUAUUAUUGUCUGACCACCUCUUAAUGGUUGGCACACUUCCAGGGGGAUUUGUAUCUGCAGAUACCUGAAUGACUGGUUUGCAGUGAUACUUAAAAGUGGUUCUUCCAAUUAAGAGUGAAACUAUGAUUCUCCAGAAUUUCUAAGGUGUUUCAAGAGCUGUUGUAAUUUUUAAGGUUUUAUUAUAUUUUUUUUUUUUACCAAAAAUACCAACUCACUUGCUUAGCUUUAAAACUAUAGGGAAAUGGAGCUUUCCUUGACAUCUCAGAAUUAUGGCAGCUGCUUUUGAAAAAAAAUGUAUUUUUUUAGUGGGCUGAAACUUGGAUGUCUGCAGGGAGUCCUGAAAAGUCAGUGGAAUUUUCAUCGUGCAGUCACAGAUGAUCUUGUUUUUGGUGUUUUCCUGAUCUUCAUGCAGUUUUGAAAAAGAAUGUUGGUAUGCACCCUUGGAAAACCUUUGAAUCCUAUUCUUACCCUUUAUUCAGCAUAAUGAGUAUUGAUAACAAGGUACAGUGCAUCCUUGACUUAUGGCGGGGAUCCGUUCCAGUGCAAAAGUGCCUAUACCAUUAUAGACAAUGAUGUUUCAGACCAAAAGCACAGAGCUUGCCUAAUUUCCACAUAACCACAUGUACAGGGUGUUCCCAAAUUAGAGCUCCCCCUCUACAGCAUAAACUAAAAUUGAUUUGGACAAAAACAAAAGUAAUUCAGAACAGGUAUUUAUUUAAGUUUCUCUCUGAGUAUUUAAUAUUUUUUGUGGCCUCCAUCUGCCUGUACCACAGCCUGCAUUCUUGAGGGGUAUGAUUUCAGCAAAUCGCAGAAAAGCCAAGACUCUAACUUUAUUUCCCUGAGUACUUCGAUCACCUCUCUUUGCAGGUCUUCGAGGCUUGGUAUACCAUCAUAGCUCACUGUGCACGCUUCAACAUGAUCCUUUAAGAUACUACGAAUGUUUUCACACACAUUAAGGUCAGGGGAGCUACCUGGAAAUUCACUUGACGAGAAGAAAUCGAUACCACUGUUUCAAAGCAGCUUCUGUGUCUGAAGAGCCUUGAAACAUGGUGCCUUAUCCUGCAAAAUUUGACUUCAAUAGAUAACACAUUUUUAGGAUCUUUGAGGAAAGGAAAUACUCCACCAUUAAGCACAGUUUCUCUGAAGUAUUUGCCAUUCCAUGACUGUCCUUUUUCCUUGAUGAUCCGCAUUAACCAUUUGGCUGUGAAACAGAGAAGAAUUCCCAAACAUCAGGAAAUUUCAUAACUUGGUGAUAGCGCAUGUCAUCGCUGAUAUCAUCCAACUUUGCUGCCCAAAUGAUGUAAUUUUUAUGAUUUGGCUUCCUGACUGUGUAAAUGAAGAAUUCAUCUGAUUCAGCAACAUGGAGAAAGUCAGCUUCAUCCCAAUCUUUAAGAAAUUAACCACAAAACCAUGCACGAUCAUCUCUCUGUUGCUGAGUGAUGUUGGGCUUGCUGAUAACAUGAAAUGGCCUGAUACCAGAUUUUUUCAACUCACGAUAUACAGCACUAUAAUUUCUCUUCUUUCCCCUUUUUGUUUCUAGUUCAAGUGUCAAUUUACGUAAAGACUUUCAUGGUCUGCCCACUGCCUCAGCCAUGAUGUCUUUUGACUCCUGAGAAAGGACUUCAGGCCUUCCAAGAUUCUCACUCUUUUCGUUUUGAUAGUCAUAUGGAUUUUUGUUCCAGUUUCUUUUAACAAAGGAUUCAUCUCUUUUAAUGUAUUUAGCUAUCUAGGAACAUGAAAUGAAGGAUGCGCCAGCAUCCCUGGCCUCUCUGAAGGUUGUAGCCCGGAUUCGGUCAAUCCGUCUGAUUUCCUCCAAGUCGUUAGUCAAGGCUGUAUCUAACUCCGUCACUCAGUCUGAAAAUACAAGAAAUGUAAAAUGAAAAAUAGCUUAAUAGAAACUUAAGACAAUGUACUUGGAGAUAGGCUAUAGCAGAAAACUUCUUAACUUUCCAUUUGUUCUGUGGAGGGGGGGGGCGCCUCUAAUUUCGAAACACCCGGUACUUUGUGUGGCCUAUGGUAUUGCUCAUUAAAUGUAGACCUGGCAAAAAUUAAUUUUUUGUGUAAGGCAUGGCUGCAUUAAAUGUAAUCUGUUGCUGCAACCAGUCCAAUGAGCCAAAGAAGCUUACAUCUUUUUUCAAAGUAGUAUGCACUAUUACUCACCACUGAUAUGUAUUCAGAUAAUAGGCAGACACUCAAAACUGCAGUUGACUUUGGUUGUCGAGCUGACUGGUCCUUUUUAUUUGUAAUCUAGGUACCUUAGAAGAAAUUACGGGAUUCUCUCUCUCUCACUCUCUCAAAAUGCUAUUGAAAGGGUUGGUUGUCAUGUUAUUGUGGCUGAUGAACUUUUAGUUGUCAACAUAUUGGGAGUUUUCACUUUAUUCACUUGGUCACUUAAAAUUGGCUGGAGCUUCUCACUGAAGUCCUAGGAGAGAACUAUCCAGUACCACAUUACUCUGGCUGCCAUACCUAUUAUGGUACCACUUGUCCAUGGAGUAUCUUUCAUUUCAAGAUUGGAGAUAUAUAACUGGAAGAGAGGCUUUUCUUGCUGGGGUACCUAGAAGAUUCCAGGUUCCAUCCUUGAGUCCACAUUAGAUGUCAACCAGGCAAAUUAGGCCAUCAUCAGUGAUUGGUGUCCCAUUGGAGCCACCACACAGCAGAUUAAAGACCUCUUUGAGGCUGAGGGAGGCUUUGGAGAGUGAUGUCACACUUGGAACUGUCUUUGUGUUAUCCUUAGCAUCGGUAAAGAAGUUGAGCAAGGAUGGGUAUCACAUGUGUAAUCAUUUGUAGCCAAGUUUGUGUCUAAGACUUGGUAACUAAUCGUGGGCAAUGAUUCCGAUGAGAUGUCACUGUAUACAGUAAGUUUUCCAGUACUACCUACACAUGACUUGAUAGCUUAGGCCUGAGUGUUGAUGAGUCUUCAUUAGUACCAAGAGGCACAAGAAGUAAGUAAACAAAAAUGCUAUGUAGUUCUGGCCUUAGGAGGUUGAAAGUAGGUAUAUGAGUAGCUGGGCCAGGAUUACAGCUCCAUACCUGGAGAGAAGGCUUACAAAGUCAGGGUUUUGCUCAGUCCUUAGUAACACAGGAAUUGAAGGCAAGUGUGUACUGGUGCAAGACAACCUUUACCUCAUUCUACCUCAAGGAUGUUGCCCAUAAAUCCUUGUUCUUAACAAGGAACACUGCUUGAGCUCUUUGAGAGCAUAAGUCUUGCCUAAGGUUGAUGAUACUGAAAGGUGGGUUGAAUGAUUGGUGACAUGUAAUUUAUCCUUUGCUUUUCUUUUCUUCCAUCCUGAGCCCAACUUACUGGUCUGGCCAGAUGCAGGCAAGUUACACAGCAGACAUCCUACCUCUGACAGUUUUAGUUUGCAGAUAUGACUCCCUUCAUCUCUGGUCUUAACAAUAGGAUAAUUUCUAGCGCCUAGCGGGAUCCGGUUAAAAAGCAGAUAAAUGCAAGGAAUCUUGUGAUAUCUGGCAACACAUGCAUAGCUUGGGUUAGGAGUGGUCAAGGACGACGCCGCUAUGCCAGUCUUUCUUUUGACCGCCUGGGCGAGAGUUGUGUUUCACCUCUUGGCCUUGUCCCGUUUCAUUGCCCAUUCCGUUUCUUUUAGUGUGUGUGUGUGUGUUUGGCUGGUAUUAUGGCUUCUUCUGCUCCUUCUCAGCGUCAGCAUAUGUGCCCCGGAGUUCCAGGUUUUCCGUGUUCUCGUUUUUUGGCUUCGGCAGUGACCAACCCUCACAUCACAUGCAGUAGGUGUUGUUCUAAUUUUUGUACUAUUACGAAUCCUUGCACGGAAUGCCAGGCAUGGCCUAAGGAGCAGUGGAGGUCGUUUUAUGGCAAGGGAGAACAUCGGAGGGUUUCGACUCUUCCUACUUGGGCAGGGUUUGCGCCUAUUCCCGAUGUUUCGUCCAACACGGUAGCCAACCCUCAUAGUAGCGUUGUCUCUGCAUCUCCUUCCUUUUCUUCCAUUGAUUUGUCGAUGGAAGUAUCGGGAGGCCGCCAGGGUUAUGUUUGUAAUGUAGCCCCUUCUUCCUCGGGAGUUUAUUUGGUUCCCGAGAAGGUUGAGGCUUUUUCAUCAAUCUCUUCUCUUUCAGACUCGAAGGCGUCCAAAAUGGCGGCGAUUUGGAAGACGCUUGGGCUAGGGGGUACCCCGUCCUUGGAGGGGUUGCUAGCGCAUUUUGUGGAGGCUCGCGCCCCCUUUCCCUGCCUAGCCAGAUCAUCCCCCCUCCUCCCGGCCUCAUCUUCAUGGGUAGCUGCAGUCGGCCAUCUUGUAUUGCUCCGCCAGUGUCUGCCACCGCUUCGAGUCGGAGUGACGCUGCGGCGUCAGCCCUGUUGAUGACGUCAUGGGGUCUGUCUUUGUGUAUUUCUCCGCCAGUGGCGUCUCUUUCCCCCUCGCACUGAGGGGGAAGCCGUGACAUCACUGCCGCUUGUGACAUGACUCACAUCGAUGACGUCUCGCCCAGUCAUCUCCUCUGAUCCGCCUUUCUCAGCCGUGACGUCAUCACUGCCGCCCAGUUCGCUACAUCUCCCUUCCUUGAUAUCGGAGCCUUCUCUGGCACAUCAGUCUGAGGUCAUAUGCCAGGCAGAGCUUCAGAGGUUGGACUGUAUUAGAUGUGAAGUUGGCUGCCUUAUCGGUUGGGAGGACUGGUAGGAAAUGUGUUGCUUCGUCCCUGCCUUCUGAGAAGAGUGCGCAUAAGAAACUAGUGCUGUCUUCCUCUCCCUCUUCCCGCAUAUCAAGCGUUGGAAGGCUAAGGACUUUGCCCUUCCUUUGCCUUCAAGGGAGGAACAACAUGGACGUGUUCGCGAGAGUGCUGUGGUUUCGGGCAGUGUUAGUGGUGUGCAUUCUGCAGGAGAUGCUUCGUCCUCUGCCUCAAAUCUCGAGCGUGUGACACACACACACACACACACACACACACACACACACACACACACACACACUCCAUGCACAUUACGAGCUUGUUGCAACCUCCCCUGCCCGUGCACAUGAUGUUAGGGCUCCUUCUUCUCCAAGGCAUAUUCAUUGCCGUAAGGAUCUCUAGGCGCCUGUCAAGAGGUAGAAGGUAGUGAGCACGAAGUUGGUGCAGCUGGAGUGUUUGCCUGCCUCUCUCGCUGGUGCUUCCAAGAGUUCGACUCUAAGGGAUUUUCCUUCGAUCUCGAGUGUUCGAGUUUCCCCCCCAUCUCAUGUACAUACGUCCGCCACGCCCGUGACCAUUCAUGGACAUGUGGAGUCAUCUGUUGAGGUAAGUGAUGUUCCUACUAUUAUAGUGGGUUCGUCUCGGAGGCCGACGCUUGGACCCAGCCCAGACAGGUUAGUUGGGGUUUCGGGCUGUUUGGCUACUAACCCUUCCAUUAAUUUUGGUGGAGAAGGCGCCUUAGAAGAGCCUACACAUCCUUCUCGUCGUCGGUCUCCGUUGCCGGAGCAGGAAGAGGGAGACAUGCAAGAGUUUCUGUCUUCCUUUUCAGAAGUUGUUGAUCUGAUUCGUGGGUUUAACAUUUGAAAAGUAGGCCUCAGGCUUGGUCGUUUUACACUCCUUCUUGCUUGGAAGCCUUGGUGGGAGCUACUCAGGACCCCAAAACAUCUCAUCAACUUCCUUUGUCGGGGCACGUUCAGUCAGUCUUGCAGAAGGUUAAUGACUCUGUUUCAGACAGGGACAGGUCGCUUUGCUCUAGGGGCUCUACCAAAUUACUACCCCCGCCUCUCAUGAGACAUAGGAAGUACUAUGCUACGAGCUCUGCAUUUUUGUUGUCACGCCAUCUUAACCCAGACGUCAUUCGCAUGAAGCUGGGUUUGACUUUGGAACAGGUGAGGUCAGUGGCUCCAACCUUGUCUCCACAAGAUGCCUCAGCAUCUCAGCAUUUGAUUCUACGGCAGCCUCCAUGUUGCAGACAGUUUCUUGGCUGGACCAGUGGUCUGUGGUUAUUGCCAAGAUAGCUUCCAACAGGUCCCCGGAAGGGUUGGUGAGUGCCUCCUCACUUGCCAGUCUGUUGCAGUCCGGGGGCAAGGCGUUUUCAUAUUUGGCUCACCUCAGUGCCAAUUUAUGGGCUAAUCAUUUUCUGAUUAGGAGGGACGCGGCUUUGUCUUGGAUGGAGAGAUCGCUCGACACCGAGUCCUUGCUGGCAUUGAGGAACGGAGAUCUGUUGGAGUCCCAAUUUUUGUUUCCUCGGACAGAACUCGAAAAUGCGAUAGACUGGCGCCGGGCUGACACCAGAGACCGACUGAUGCACCAGCAGGCCCUGUCUAAGUCGGAGUCUCAUCCUCGGAGACGCCCGGCACCUCCUCCUCCCCCUGGUUCGACAGCCCAAGUCAGAAGAUCAAUACCCCUUUCGCUCUCGUUCCUUUAAUCCAAGAAGGGGCCCAAGGGGCAGAGGUAAAGGGGGUCGUCAGUAGAUUAGGCAUCUCUCCCUCUCCUGUGCCACGGGUGGGGCCAAGUGGCAGAGUUAUGGGACGGAGAAGUGGGUGGUAGAUGUCCUUCGGGUGGGAUACCUACUGCCAUUCGACUUCUCUCCUCCUCUGUCGGACAAGCCGCAGCUCAGGAAGGCAUAUCCUCCAGAUUCUCUGAAGUUCUUGGCUCUUCGGGAGGAAGUGCAGAAAAUUCUGGACAAGGAUGUGAUAGAGGGAGUAGUGUGUCCGUCCCUGGGGUUUUACAGUCAUGUCGUCUUGGUGCCCAAGGCAUCGGGAGGCGGAGGGCUAUGAUCGACUUAUCCACCUUGAAUCACUUCGUUAGGAAGACACAGUUCAAGAUGGAGACCCCGCGUUCGGUGUUGGCAGCCGUGAGGGAAGGCGACUUCAUGCUGUCGAUAGACUUAAGGGACGCAUACUUCCAAAUCCUUGUUCAUCCCACAUCCAGGAAGUUCCUUCGCUUCUCACUUGCGGACAAGAUCUUCAAGUUCAAAGUCUUGUGCUUCGGGCUGACAACGGCCCCUCAAGUGUUCACAAGGGUCUUCUCUCUCGUGUCAAUUUGGCCUCAUGCUCAGAGGAUCUGUUUGCUGAGGUACCUCGACGAUUGGUUAGUCUUGGCAGUUUCCAGGGAGAAGCUGCUGCAGGACAGGGAUCGUCUACUUCGGUUCUGUCUGGACCUGGUCAAAUUAGUCAACCAGGAAAAGUCGAACCUUGUACCCAGUCAAAGGAUUCUCUACCUGGGCAUGGUCAUUGAUACAUACGACAGUGGCAAAAGUUUUCCCAUCGGAUCAGAGAUUGGAGAAGUUGCGGGCGGUAGCGCGCAACUUCCUGUCAAAGUCACAUCAGUCAGCUCAUCAGUGGCAGGUUCUUCUGGGAGUGUUGUCUUCCCUGGAGAAGCUGGUCCCUCAUGGGCGUCUUCAUCUUCGGUCUCUGCAAUGGAGACUGGGAGAAUUUUGGUCUCCGGCGGGGGACUCGCCCCGAUUUAUGGUUCCUCUGUCUCUGGAAGUAAGAGAAGACCUUCGCUGGUGGUUGGACGGCCAGAAUCUGUUGAAGGGUGUCCCUCUGCGUUCUCUCCCACCGGACUUCCUUCUGUUCUUGGACGCCUCCCUCAUAGGUUGGGGCGCUCAUUUAGGCGGCCUCAUCGCUUCAGGCGUUAGGAGUUUGGAGGACAAACAGCAACAUAUCAAUGUCUUGGAGUUGAAGGCGGCUCUCCUGGGUCUGAAGGAGUUUCGGGGGAAGGUAGAGGGUCAUUCUGUCGUUCUCAUAUCGGACAACGCCACGGUGGUACCCUAUGUGAACAAACAGGGAGGCCUGGUUUCACAUCAGCUUCACGCCUUGAUUGUCGAGCUUCACUAGUGGGCAGUCAGCAAUUCGGUAGAGCUCUCGGCCAGGUAUAUCCCAGGCAAACGGAAUGUGGUCGCAGACAAAUUCAGUUGUUGGGAUCAGAUCCUUGGCACAGAGUGGUCCCUUCAUCAAGCGGUAGUAGACAAGCUUUUCCAGGUUUAAGGAGACCCAUGCUGGACCUUUUUGUGACUCGGUUCAAAGGAAGCUGGAGAUAUUCUGUUCAGUGGUCCCAGAUCCUUUAGCAUUGACAGAGGACACAUUCCAACAUCCCUGGGACUACCUGGAGGUGUAUGCCUUCCCUCCGUUUUGUUUGAUCCGUCAGGUUCUGAACAGGCUGAUGAGUUCACAGGGUCUCAGGAUGACUUUGGUAGCCCCAUGGCCUCAGGCAGAAUGGUUUAUAGAUCUGCUGUUGUUGUCAGAGGUUCCGAGGGAGAUUCCCCCUUGGCAACAUCUUCUGAGUUAGCCCCAUGCAGAAAGGUUCCACCAGUCAGUAGAAUCCUUGUCUCUUCACGGUUGGAGGCUAUCAAGUAUCUCCUCCGCAUGAGAGGUUUUUCUCAGAACAGCUAGGCACAUGUCCAGCAGUCUUAGAAAGUCAACCUCCGCGGUUUAUCAAGGCAAAUGGGCGAUCUACUGUGAUUGGUGUCGUAAAUGGGGGUUUUCUCAACUCGCCACCUCUAUUCAGUGAAUAGCAGACUUUUUAACCUUCCUCAGAGACAAGAAAAGUUUGUCCAUUCCUGCUAUUAGAGGCUACAGGGCAGCACUGAGUUUGGUGUUACGCCUUAAGGGUAUCAACAUCUCCUCUUCCUGGGAACUUCCCUGCUAGUUAGGGGUUUGAGCAGUCGAGUUCUCCUAGAGAGCUCAAGCCUCCAACGUGGGAUGUUUCCUUGGUUCUUAAGAGCUUCACUAAGAGUCCAUAUGAGCCCUUGCGUCACUCAUCUGACAGGAACCUGACGCUUAAGACAGUUUCCUUCUGGCCUUGGCAUCUUCCAAGAGGGUAGGAGAGCUCCACGAUCUGAGCUAUGAGGUGAAGCACACCAGGGGUUGGGGGUCGAUGUCCUUCGAAUUUGUCCCAGAAUUCGUGGCCAAGACCCAAAAUUCCUCGGUGCAUGAUGACAGGUUCACUUCGUUUUCCAUUCCAUCACUGACUGACUUUGUGGGUGGUGAUGCUCAAGAGCUUUUGUUGUACAGCUGUACGGGCCCUGCGUUGCUAUCUUAAAAGGACUCGGCACCUUAGACCAGGCUGCCGCAGACUUUUUGUUAGCACAGGCCGCACAAAGAAACAGGUGUCUAAGAAUACUAUCGUUUUUUGGAUACGGGAAGCCAUCAGACAGGCAUACUUGACACUUGAUGAUUCCACCACCACGUCUGUGCAGGCUAGAGCACAUGACGUUAGAGGCAUUGGUCCCUCUAUGGCUUUCAAAAAGAACUUGGCUGUACAUAGUCUUGAGCGCUGUUACUUGGUUACGCCAGUCCACGUUCACCUCCUUCUAUCUUAAGGAUGUUGCCCACAGAUCUACGGACACGUUUUCCCUGGGUCCUGUGGUGGCUGCCCAACAGGUUGUGUAACUCAUAGUUGCCCUUAACAGGGCACCUUUGUAUCUUACCUAAGAUGAUUGUGUGGAUGAGAGAAUGAGUGAGUUGGCUGGUCUCCUUCUUUCUCUUGUACCUUUCCUUCUUCCUUCGGGCGAUUUAAGGAAUGGACACGUCAUUCGCUGGACUGGUCUGAUACAGGUGAGUAAGGUCGUCAUACUGAUAGUGUGGUCGUGCAAUAUACAAAUAUCUUACCCGCUAUUUGGUAGCAUAUGCUCCACUCCUUGGCAAGGAGGUUGUUGGGAGUAAUACAAACCCUGGUGGCUUGAUUUGUUAUUGGACAGUCAAAGUUUCUCUUUGGUUCCCUAUACAAUGGUUAUCCCAUAUAUCAUUGUACGUCACUCAGGUUCCGAGUGGUUAGAUAUCAAUUUAUCUAGCUUCUCAAUGGGCUUCAGUCCCUCUCCAAGAACCAUUUCUUUUGAGAGCUGGACUGCUGGGUAGGCCCCUAGCCGGUCUAGGAUGUCUUAUACCUCCCUCCAAGUAUGAGUCUAUCCUAUUGUUCAGACCGAAGGUUUUUUCGUGUAUGAACAAAUGACAAAUUUUCUAAGACAAUUUGUAUUUUUCAUAGCUACAAACCUGAGGUCUUAACAUUAUACUGCCUGCCUCUAGCUGCCCCUCUGUUUGUUAAGUCAUCCUGAGUUGGGAAAGACUGGCGUAGCGGCGUUGUCCUUGACCACUCCUAACCCAAGCUACGCAUGCAUUGCCAGGUAUCACAAGAUUCCUUGCUUUCAUCUGCUUUUUAACUGGAUCCAGCUAGGUGCUAGAAAUUAUCCUAUUGUUAAGACCUCAGGUUUGUAGCUAUGAAAAAUAAAAAUUGUCUUAGAAAAUUUGUCAUUUUAACAAGGGUGAGGGUAGAGUAUUAUCAUACUUGGGGUUAUUUAUGGUAUUGUUAUUGCCUUCUGAACUGGUUCUCCCAUCACAUAUAGGAAAACAGCGUUAUUCAAAUUUUAUGAGAGCAAGGUGCAAUAAGGAAACUGCCACAGGAGCCUGUCAGCCACAAAAUCACAUAUACCAGACAGUACAGGUGGCUAUCUUUCCCCUGCUCGCAUAUAUGAAAGGAAGCUAACAUUUCUUGGUGGGUUGGAAAAGACUAGUCAUGUUCACUGGACAAUAACUCAUAAGAAUGAAUUGCAAAUUUGGCAUACUGCAUUUUUUCACAGUAUACAAAACCAAUGUCUUUUAUCAUAAAUCUUCCGUAGACUAAUCUUACAUAUGUCCCUGUCCAGAAGGAAAAUAAUGAGUGCUAUCAGUCAAGUUGACAGUUGGUACCCUCUUCCCUUACUCACUGGCCAUUUUUCAAGUACCCUGUCAUCAGGGAUCAACAUUUGGGUCAGCUUUCGCCAAAGGCAUAUAUAGGAAAAAUUUAAUAUACAUUGCAGUUCAGUUCCCAAAGUCAGUGUUAAGGCAAUGGUAAUGUUAAAGUUUUUUUUUUCAAAAUCACUAUAAAUGAAUAUGUUGUCAUUAAAUAUUUAUGGUAAGUUAAAAGAAGCAUUUUCUCAGUAAUUGCUCUUCAGUUUCAAAUUUUUGACACUUCAUUAUUGUAAUUUAUAUUAGUUUGGUUGCUGCAUAUAUUAAACAGGGAAGGAAAUACUGUACUUGUUUCAGCUUCUUGUCGAUUACUUUGUAGUCUGAAAUAUGUUAUCAUAACUGAAUAAUUAUUGACUUUCAACACAUUUUUUGUUUCACUGUUAGAUUGGCAUUUCCUUAAAGUAUAGAGUAAAUUGUAACUGAAAUAUGGCAUCAUAAGAUUUCAGCAAUACUGUACUGAUUGUGAUGAACUGUACUUUGAAAGAAAUCUAUUUAUUACUUGAUAGCUAUUCAAUUCUUAGAAAGAUAAAUCAUUAAGACUUCUGUACAAAGAUAACCCCACUGUACAAAUUAACUAAUAAAACUUUUUACUCAAGGA